UUCUAUUCACUUAAGUUUUCCUUGGUUUUUCUGUGUUUUCAGUUUUAUUUUGACCUAAUCGGUAUAACGGAAUAUAAAAAUGUAUAAUUACUCGCAAAAAAGCUUGAGUUGUAGCACAAUUUAGACAAAAACGCUGUCAAAAAUGGAUGAAGCUUGUGAAUAUGAAGGUGAGAUACCGAUUUGGCAGGAACCCCGGUGUGAGCCACUCGGGGCACCGAAAGAAAACCUUUGCGAUGAGACUACACCGGAACAACUGUCCGGUGAUAGAAUACACGCAUUGGAAGAAGAGCAGGAAAUUCUAUCCUCGUCUGUUUUCUCUCUUACAUCUCAUCUUGCGCAAGUCGAAUUUCGUCUAAGGCAAAUACUUAAAGCACCUCCGGAAGAAAAAGAUUCUAUGCUUCAGGCUCUCGAACAGUUUACGUCCCGUGGUGUACCAGAUUCAAGGACCGCACCUCAAGGCAGCGCCGAGGAAAUAUCUUGUAAUGAAUGCGUAGAAUUAGAACGAAAAAUGAAACGACAACGUGCAAAGCAGUCUCAGUUCAUUGAAAGACUCAAGUCACAGCUAAAAGAACUUGAACGUUUUGCGACGGACCCAAAGUCAGAGUCUGGUGACAGCACCCAUAGGACUUUGAUAGAACAUUUAAGAAGUGAGAUUGACCGCAGCCUCGAAGAAGGUUGUCAUCAACCACUAAGUGCUGACGAAUUAAGGCAUCAAAUAAACUGUGCCGUCAGGCAGUAUGCUGACAAGCAAUUGUCAAAAGAAGAAAUUAUUGGAAAACUACAAACUCAUAUAGAAGACAUGCAAAAGUUUAUAAAAUUAAUAAAGAAUGAAGACUUAAACAGUAAUGGAAAAACAAAACCUGAACCGAAGAAGGUUGGAAAAUCUGAAUCGUUUGAGAAAAAUUUUACUAGACACAGUGUCAAUGAUGAACUGAAGGCAGAAACAAUUAACCUAAUGAGGAAAGCUUCAACAUUGAUACAAAUAUUUACAGUUUCACAGUUUGGUUGUUCACCAAACAGUCAAAAGAAGUAUGACAAGAGAUCGCCAAAUGUUACCCACUGGGGCAACCUCAGAGCUAGGCUGGAGAUGUCAAUUGAUGCUGUACUUCAUUUAGUUUCCAGAGAACGACAAUCCAGCUCAAUUAUUGACAGCUAUGAUAGUGAUUCUGAGGAAGGAGCUGUAAUUAUAAAUGAUGCACCAUUGACUACUGCAGUACGAAGACAUUUAGCUAUUAACUUGAGGGAUUUACUUCAACAUGGCCUUGUUGGACCGGACUCCACAUCACUAGUACCCAUAAUUGGCUGUUUCCCUGUACGCAGGUCUUCCAUGUCACGGAAUAUACAUAUUUGGGAGCUUAUUUUACGUUAUUAUGAACUGAAUGAUGGAGACAGAUUCAACUCCACUCCCGCUAGGAAACUAAGUCAAAGCUUUAACUUAGAUAUAGUGGGAGGUACCGCUAUUACAAAUAAGCAAAGUUUAUUAAGUAAUGUAGGAAGUAUAAUAGCUUCACAUACGCCAUAUAAAAGGAGUUAUGAUGCACAUUUCAAAGCAUUUGUUUGCGCUGCAUUAAAUUCACACAAGCUUGUAAUGUGGCUUAACAUUAUAUUAAAAAGUAGAUCCCUUAUUGAUUCAUAUUAUUCUUCCACUAGCUAUGUUGUCAAUACGGGUUUCCAGGAUGCUUUGCAAAGCUUAGAUCGUCUCACACCUUAUAAUUUUGAUUUGCCAGUUGAUCUAGCCGUGAAGCAAUUUCAAAAUAUCAAAGAUGUAUUUAUGUAAUUAUAAGAGUACAUUUUUUACACAGUCAAUAUGCCCUCCAAUUGUACUGUGUAUUUAUUUAGUAGAUCUGUAAUUAAACAUUCUAGUCCACUUUAAUUUAAGUUUUUAUUAGUUCUGAAUGUGAAUCCAGUAAC